UCUUUGAACACUGUGUGAGUGUUCGUUCAGUGGCCAAAAGAAAAAAAGAAAUAAAUAACCAAAUAAAAUCAAAGUACUCUCUCCAUUAAAGCUAAGCUAAAGCAAAAUUCCUUCUCCUACUUUCUCUUCAUCUCCAAAAAGCUUCUUCUCCUUCAUCCAACAUUUUCCGUUUCCCUUUGCAUUCACUCUUCUUCUUCUUCUUCUUCCUUUUCUUUUCCAAUCACCACAAUGCCCAUCAAUAGUGAAUCUACGCCGCCUCCUUUGAUCGGAAAAAUUGGCCCCUAUACCGUCUUCAUGACCCCACCACCCACUCCUUCACCGACCUCUCAACCUCAGCCGCUGUUUGAGUCUCCUAAGAAGGUCAUUCAGCCACCUCCGGUUCAGCCUCCCCCUCACCAGUUCGAUAAGUCUGUUUCUCUUGCUGCUGUGCCUAAUGGGAAUGCCUCCGUUUCUGGGUUCUUCAGAAAUGCUGUCUCCAAAGUGCAGAAUGCACAUUCAAGCUUGGAUGACCAUUUGGCACGCUGGUUCGGGUUAAAUCAAUCUAAGUACCAGUGGGCACUCGAUGAUUAUUACGAGAGCAAGGGAAUGGAAACUGGGGACAUGAAAGCAAAGGAACCGCCGAGCAAAGCCCAGAGCGUGUAACAGAAUCAAACUUGUUGUGUAUUCGUAGGAACUCUCCAUGGACAAUAGAGAAACUAUUUAUACCUAUCUAUGCAAUGGCUGAAGUGGAUCUGAUUGUUUAUACAAUGCCUGAUGAAGUGGCCAGCCAUCUUGGAAUGUGAUUCCAUUUCCGUCUACCUUAUACAAAAAUCGACAGAAUUUGGUCGUGUUGUAGUUGUAGUUGUAAGCCGUGUAAUGUUAUGUACCGUCGUCUUCUUUCCCCCCUCAUUGAUCUCUUUUUUGUUCAUUUGGAGCUGAACCUUUAGCUUAUGUAUUUUUAGCUACUUUUUUCGGGUUAUUUGUGCCAUUGUAAUGAAGGUUAUGUUUGAAGGCAAUGUUUGCUUCCAUCCAUCCAAGUCAUUUGAGAUUUUAUCAAAUGUUUAAUUGUAACAGAUAGAAUCUUACAAGCUUUUCUUUUAACCAAAAAAAGAAAACAGUGGUAAAA